AACACCUCCUUCACUCACAUUCAUUCUCCGAAACAAAGAACAACAAAAAUAAUGAUGUCCCCAUGCCAUGUGAUCCUAUCCAUUGUUCUCUUGGUGUGUACAACAACACCGAGCCUGGCUCAGAGCACUCCACAAGACUUCCUUGAGGUGCACAACCAGGCUCGAGCCGAGGUUGGCGUUGGUCCAAUGUCAUGGAACCACACCCUUGAAGCCUAUGCUCAAAGCUAUGCCAAUUCCAGGAUCCCUGAAUGCAAGCUUGAACACUCUAUGGGACCCUAUGGCGAGAAUCUCGCAGAAGGGUACGGCACGAAGGGUUCAGAUUAUGUGAAAUACUGGCUCACUGAAAAGCCUAACUAUGAUCCUGGUUCCAAUAGUUGUGUUCACGGUGAGUGUAGGCAUUAUGCUCAGAUUGUGUGCCGCAAUUGUAUUCAUCUCGGGUGCGCAAUAGUUAACUGUAACAACAAUGGUCUGAUGUUUGUCAUCUGUAGCUAUUCUCCACCGGGGAACUAGGAAGGAGAACGACCUUAUUCAUUCUCUUUCUUAUCACUAAUAAAAAAUAAAAUAUCUGGUACCUGGUAGAGUUUCCUGUUUUUAUGUCUUUGUUUGGAAAUCACCAUGUGUAACAUUCAAAUAUAUUUAGCUAUCAUAUGAAGACAUUUACCAGUACAAUCGUAAUUA